GCGGCGCCGGUCGCGGCCCGAUGACGUCAGCAGGCGGCGCCGGGGCCAUGGCGGCCGUGCCGGGCCCGCGGGCCGGGGCUGAGGCUGAGACCGAGGGGCGGCGGCGGCUCCUGCGCUCCGUUACCCGGCUGCAGGCCUGUGCCAGGGGGUUCCUGCUGCGGAGGCGGCUGCGGAGCGUGCAGGAGGAGUUCGAGGCCGUGGUGCUGGAGAUCGAGGGCGACCUGAGGCAGCUGCGCUGGAGCGGCCACGUUCUGCCCCGGCCGCGCUUCGGCCCCGAGGACGCUCCCGGCCCUGCCCCCGCCGGAUUUGGCGCUCCAGGUGCAGCCCGGCCUGCCCAGCCCUCUCCAGGGAAACCCUUGGAUCCAGGAGAGGCUGCAGAGAACAAAAAAAGAAAAAAACAGGAAAAACUGAUUCCUGGUGGAGCAGAGCGGGGUGGGGGCUGUGGGAACAUCCCCCUCUCAUCCCCCCUGCCCCGGGGGACAACCCCAGCCCCCAAAAACCCCAAAACCUGCCCAGAUUUGGGGCAUGGUGCUGCAGAGAACAAAACCAUUCCCAGAAAAACCUGGGAGAAGCUGAAUCCUGGUGGAGCAGAGUGGGGUGGGAACAUCCCCCCUUCACCCCCCCUGCCCCAGGAGACAGCCAAAACCCCCAAAAACCCCAAAACCCGCCCAGAUUUGGGGUGUGGUGCUGCUGAAAGCCCUGAGGAAGAAGAGGAAGGAGCUCUGGAGUGGGACAGUGACAGCAGCGAGCUGGGAGCCAGCCCAGGAAUCCCAGAGGAGCUGCAGGGGCUGCCCCGCUGGGAGCUGCAGGCCCACAGGACUCGGCUGCUGCUGGAGCUGCUGUGGGUCCAACAGGCCAUUGCCAGCAGGAAACACUUCCUGCUGCUGAGGCAGAAGCUGGGUGUUCCUGACCAUCCCAGCAGCAUUCCCGAGUUCCUGGCCUGCUGUGGAGAAGCCCUGGAGCUGCAGCAGCAGCAGCCCUGAAGGCACAGGGGCGGCUGGGGGAUGUUUCACUCCAGAAAAAUGGAAGGAAAUCCUUCUGUGGACGUUUGGUGGGAGCAGGACUGAGCACCAUCAGCCAUGGGAGUGUCCUGGAGGGAUCCAUCCCAUCCCAUGGCAGGAGGUCCCUGCUGUGGCCCAGCUGGGACAUGAGGGACAUGAGCAUUGUCACUCCCAGCAGGUGCUGUGGGGAUUCCACGUGGGAAUGUGUGUUUGGGGUGCUCUGCCCUAUCCAGGGUGUCCCAGGGGAUUUUUGGGAGCCCUGGGGUGCUGAGUGGGGAGGGAGGCCCAGCCCCUGAUCCUUGGGAUGAGCUCAUUGCUGCCUUUCCUCUGGCCCUGGGGAUUCUCUCCUGGGGCAGAGGCAGGAAAGGACCUGGUGCUUUGUCAAUUCCUUCAGCUCAGGGACACCCCAGGGGACACCCCAGGGGACACCCCAGGGCCCUCAGAAAGGGACAUCUCAGGUCCCUCAGGGACUUUCCCCAUGGUGCUUCCCCACCCUGACUCCACUGCAGAUGUGGAUCCUUCUGCUCGGGAAUUCUUUUUAUUUUUUUGGGAAUAAAAAAAUCUUUUCCUGAUGCUGAA